AGUUUCAGUCAUCGCACCGUACUCAAUCAAGAAAGAUUAAAUUGUUGUAGUUCAAAAACCGUUCGAAUUUAUUACAAAUUCAAAAUACAAACGAAAGUAAAUCUAUUUUAUUAAUUAGUAUAACCAAACAUGAUAUACUGAUUCUACUGAUUUAAUAGUUCUCGAAAAUAUCUCAGCGAAUAAAAAAGACAGAGAACAAGUAACAAUAUGAUUACAACAUUUUUACGCAUCCACACACCUAAGCAUCUUCAAACAUAUAGAAUGGCAUCAACAUAUUUGGUGGAAAAUGAUAAUUUUUCGUUUCUCAAAGAUCUUGGUUUGAGCAAAAUUAAUGAUGGAGUUUACAACGGAAACUGGACUGGAAGUGGUGAUACCAUUACAUCGAUCGACCCUGCUAGCGGAAAUGUAAUUGCAGAAGUAAAAACAGGCACCUUGGAAGAUUUGGAACAAUGUGUUCAAAUUGGUAGUGCCGCCUACAAACAAUGGAAAAACCUACCGGCCCCUUUCCGUGGUGAAAUUGUUCGCCAGUUUGGCGAUGAGUUGCGAAAAUAUAGGGAACCACUGGGAAAACUGGUGUCACUAGAAAUGGGCAAAAUCCAAGCGGAAGGAAUUGGGGAAGUACAAGAGUUUAUCGACAUUUGUGAUUAUGCUGUAGGGCUCUCGAGGAUGUUUUCUGGCCAAAUUCUGCCAUCGGAGAGGGCAAAGCACACCAUUAUAGAAAAAUGGAAUCCCCUGGGAUUAGUUGGCGUAAUCUCUGCUUUCAAUUUUCCUUGUGCAGUGUUUGGAUGGAAUGCUGCUAUUGCAUUAUCUGUUGGCAAUUCAGUUCUUUGGAAAGGAGCUCCAAGCACUUCUCUAGUAUCCAUCGCUACAACGAAGAUUUUAUCCAGUGUUUUGAAGCGGAAUAAUUUACCACCAGUUGUUACACUCUGUCAGAGUGGUAACGAAGUGGGAAAAAGGAUGGUUUCUGACGAACGCAUUAAACUUCUGUCCUUCACAGGCAGUACUGCAGUUGGACGCGAAGUUGGUGUUGAAGUUCAACGAAGAUUUGGAAAAUGUUUGCUGGAACUUGGCGGUAACAAUGCUUUGAUAAUCAAUCAUGAUGCUCCAGCCGAUAUGGCUUUAGACGCGGCAUUCUUUGGAUGUAUAGGUACAGCAGGGCAAAGAUGUACCAGCACCCGACGUCUUAUUAUCCAUGAAAAAUUGUAUGAUGAGUUUGUCUCUAAACUGACAAAUCGUUAUAAUAACCUGUUGAAACGAGUUGGUCACCCCCUAGAAGAAUCUACACUUUAUGGCCCUCUGCACAAUUCACAAGCUGUGAUUUAUUAUAAGCGUGCCAUCGAAGAGGCACUAAAGUUAGGAGGACGUAUUGAAUGCGGUGGCAAAGUGAUAAAUAGACCAGGAUUUUUUGUGGAACCCACUAUCAUCACAAAUUUACCACACAAUUCUCCCGUGGUUCACAGGGAAACUUUUGCUCCAAUUGUGUACAUCCUGAAAACUAAAAAUUUGGACGAAGCCAUUGAAUGGAAUAACGAAGUGGAGCAUGGAUUAUCAUCCUCUCUGUUUACUGCUAACAUUGGUAGUGCAUUCCAGUGGAUAGGAGAGAAUGGAUCGGACUGCGGUAUCGUAAAUAUCAAUACAUCACCAUCAGGUGCUGAAAUAGGUGGUGCUUUCGGUGGUGAAAAGCACACGGGUGGUGGUCGCGAAUCUGGCUCGGAUGCUUGGAAGCAAUACGUUCGACGAUCUACUAUUACUGUCAAUCAUUCUCCGGAUCUUCCAUUGGCGCAAGGAAUUGUUUUCGAGUAAAACCUAUAAACUAAUAAACCUUAUUAACUCAA